CAGACAGGCGCGGGAGCCGGCGCGGCGUCAAGUGCAACUCGGACGCAAGGACAGGGCCCAUUUAUAUUUCAUCCUUUCUUCCCUCUUCACCCAGUUGUCUUCAGCAUGGGGGAGCAGAACCACUCUACUGGGAAGGAGCUUCAGCACAGGACACGACCAGAGGCUCCAGGAAAGAAAAGUUGGCACUCCCAGGCCUACGCCCUCGGGGCUGUUUCCAACUUUAUGUCUACUUUUCUGACCUUUCCUAUCUAUAAGGUUGUGUUCCGGCAACAGAUCCAUGCUAUGGCAGUGUCAGAGGCUGUGAGGCAGCUUUGGCAUGAAGGUCCUCAAUACUUCUACCGGGGAAUCUACCCACCUCUUCUCUCCAAGACGUUGCAAGGAACUCUGUUGUUUGGGACUUAUGAUAGCCUGCUGUGCUCUCUCUCUCCUGUUGGGCCACACUCCCUGGGACACCGCUGGGCUGCAGGGCUCAUGUCUGGUGUGGUGGAGGCUGUGGCACUUAGCCCAUUUGAAAGGGUGCAAAAUGUGCUCCAGGAUGGCCGAAAGCAAGCGCGCUUCCCCAGCACCUUCAGUAUUCUCAAGGAAUUCAACUCCUAUGGGCUUUGGGGGCGGCUGUCGCUGGGCUAUUAUCGUGGUUUCUGGCCUGUCCUUGCCAGGAACAGCCUGGGCAGUGCUCUAUAUUUUUCUUUCAAGGACCCCAUCCAGGAUGGCUUGGCAGAGCAAGGCCUACCCCACUGGGUUCCUGCCUUGGUGUCUGGUAGUGUCAACGGAACAAUCACCUGCCUAGUUCUGUAUCCUCUUAUUGUGCUGGUUGCCAAUAUGCAGUCCCAUAUUGGUUGGCAGAGCAUGCCAAGCCUGUGGGCCUCUGCUCAAGAUGUGUGGGACACUCGGGGCCGAAAGUUGCUCCUGAUAUACCGAGGAGGCUCCCUGGUCAUCCUAAGGUCCAGCGUGACAUGGGGCCUCACUACGGCAAUCCACGACUUCCUGCAGAGGAAGUCCCACUCCAGGAAAGAGCUAGACUGA